CACUCGCCCCACUCGUCACGCACGUUCCGCUCUCUCCGUCCGCACGUCCCGCGCCCCGCUCGCCAGCCCGGCUCCUGUCCCUCCCUCCCUGGCGUUCGGUGACCUUGCUCUCUCCAGCGCCCUCGCUGCUUUCCUAGGCGCUGUGCUGGUCGGCGGAGUAAGGAGGCCAUGGAGACCUUCCGCGGCCUGCGCCUGGCGGCGGGAAGUUGUUUUAGGUUAUGUCAAAGAGGUGCUUUCUCAGGGGUAAGGCCCACCAGAAACUAUGACUUGAAGAGAAUAAGUGGAUUUUGCACUAAACCACAGGAAAGUCCUAAAGCUCCAUCCCACCCUCACAGCCACAGAGUGCCAUUACACAAACCUACCAACUGGGAGAGGAAGAUCCUGAUAUGGUCAGGUCGCUUCAAAAAGGAAGAUGAAAUCCCAGAUUUUAUCUCGUUUGAGAUGCUUGAUGCUGCAAAGAACAAGGUCCGGGUGAAGAUGAGCUAUAUAAUGAUUGCCCUGACAGUGGCAGGAUGCAUCUUAAUGAUUACUGAGGGGAAGAAGGCUGCCAAAAGAAACGAGUCUUUAACAAGCCUGAAUUUACAAAAGAAAGCUCGCCUGAGAGAGGAAGCAGCUAUGAAGGACAAAACAGAGUAGUACGGAUACCCGUGUUGGCUGGAUUUUGAAAGUCUAGGAGUAAUGUUGCAGCAACAAGACUGUAUUGAAAAGAAUUGGUGUAACAAUCCAUUUCAUAGACGUAUGGUUUGUACAAACUUAUUCCGUUUACCAGUUUCUGCUCUAGGGGUACCAAUAAAUUUUCUCAAAGAAUGACUUAUCAAUGUUUUAUGGCUUUGAUCCAAACAAAAUGCAGCCUUUCAGCCUUUUGGAGAAAAUGAAAGAAUGAAAAAUGAAAUAACUUAUUUCAAUUUUAAUAAUAGCUCUUCACUGAGUCUGCUAGCUCAUCUUUUAUUCCCAUUACCAAGGUGAUUUUUCCCCACUGGUCACAAUGCCUUCUGGUUCUUUUAUUUCUCUCUCUUCUGUAUAUUCACAGACCACAUGCAUGCUAGCAGCUUUUAAGAGAGCUAUGUUUUAAAAAGUCCUGGCAAGGUGAUGAGGGUGGUCUGCCCAUGAGUUUCUGAGGACUUAGAAAUCGCAGCAUUGUAGAGUAGUUUGGGGCCAGCACAGUCACCUCUUCUGCUCAUCCUUUUCCUGCUGCUUUCGCACUAAAUUUCUCAUCUGUGAAAACCUCUCUCAUGUAUUUUCUUAUUAAAUUAGUGUUGAAAGCUAA